GGAGGACGAAAAACAAAGAUGGAGUCGUGUUUAGCAGUGGAGAGAGAAGUGGAAAGAGUUUUAUCAAAAUUUAGCGGUCUCCAGGACCACUCGAAGAAAAAUUUAGAAGAAUUGAUUUCUUCCAUACAAAGUAUUCAAAAAGAACUUAAUGAAGCCCCAGCUGAUCAUGAAAUUACACCCACACAGUCCAUAAUCUUGAUGCAGACAAUUCGGAAAAUAAAAGAAGCCAUAUCUAGGAUGGGUCAGGAACACAAAGACCUACACAGCACAGUGUCAAAAGUUGGCAAGGCUGUUGAUAGGAAUUUUGUGACAGACUUUACCUCCAUAUCUCAAGACUGUAAUUUAGAGGACGAGAACAAGAAACUCCUGCUAAAUGAAGUGAUUGCGGAACAUUUCAUGAGACAGGGCAUGCUACACAUCGCAGAUGCUCUGAUUGAGGAUGCAAAUUUAGAAAUUGCUGCAGACAAGAAGGAGCCAUUUUUGGAGCUUCACAGGAUUCUGGGCGGACUGAAACAGAAGGAUCUGACUCCAGCAUUAAGGUGGGCGGAGGAGAACAGAGAACGGUUAAAUGAGAUUCGUAGCUCAUUGGAGUUUAAGCUUCACCGCCUGCAGUUUAUUGAUCUCCUUAAGCAGGGCCCCUCCCUCCAGUCUCAGGCUCUACAGUACUCUAGGAACUUCGCUCCGUUCGCAGACAGACACGCCAGAAAUUUACAGAUACUGAUGGGGAGUAUGCUGUACCUACAGCAGGGUAUUGAGAAUUCCCCCUACUCCCACCUCCUGGCUCCGAUCUACUGGGACGAGAUCUGUGAUGUGUUUACCAGGGACGCCUGCACUCUGCUAGGAAUGUCUGUGGAAAGUCCACUUAGUGUCAGUAUUCGUGCUGGCUGUCUGGCAUUACCACCACUCCUUAACAUCAGACAAGUGAUGCAGCAGAGACAGGUGUCAGGGGUCUGGAGCAGCAAGGAGGAACUGCCGGUGGAGAUAGACCUUGGUAGGGAGUACAGAUAUCACUCUAUCUUCGCUUGCCCGAUCCUCCGACAACAGAGUACAGAUAUCAACCCUCCAAUGAGAUUGAUCUGUGGUCAUGUGAUCUCUCGCGACGCCCUCAACAAACUCUCCAAUAACAACAAAGUGAAAUGCCCCUACUGUCCGGUAGAACAGCUCCCAUCAGAUGCUAAACAAGUCUUCUUCUGAGUGACUUAUACCUCAACACAGCAAACAAUGAGAUAUGUUUACACUCACAUGUAUCUCCUGCUAUUCAGGGUGUUUUAACAUCUGAAGGAAUAAAACAGUGUGAUUGAUAUCACAAGACAGCAAAAA